AUAUUAUCAUUAAUAUUCAUUACGUAGUCACAACUCUCUCAUACCGCACUCGGUGAACAUUUAGCACACAAUGGCGCGUAUUGCUACAUUUGUUUUUUUUGACCUCGAAACAAGUGGUCUUCCUUCAGAGGAACAUAAUCGAUCGCGUAUAACGGAGCUCAGCAUGGUCGCGGUGCGGCGGGACCAUAUUUUGGAUCAGGCAGAACUGGUGAAAUCAAAAAAUUCAGAACCCCUGUGUCCGAGAGUUAUUAAUAAGUUGACUCUGUGCUUAAACCCUAGGAAAAUGAUUACUGAUGGCUCCACCAGGGUAACAGGAAUGAACAAUGAGCUCCUUGAACACCAAGCACCCUUCGACUUGCAGGUGUUCAGUGAACUAGAUCUCUUUCUCAAUAGAUUGGAAAAACCAGUCUGCCUAGUAGCGCACAAUGGUAUGAACUUUGACUUUCCAAUAUUUAAAAACCAUUUGGACAAAUUAAAUGUCCACCUGCAUGAUGAUUUGUUAUGCGCAGACAGCCUUAAUGGUAUGUAUGAUAUUGAAGAGGGCAAUGAAGAAAGAAAAAUAAUAAAGGUCCAAUCCGAAUGUAAGGCAGAUAAUAUAGAUGUAUCAAGACCCUUGACGGCAAUGAAAGCUGAAAAUGAAACAACACCAUUCAAACGCAAGUUGAAACUACCCCAUCAGCCAGCAGUCAAAAGAAGGUUGUACUUUGAUGGGAAUACGAAGCCAUCAAAGUCAUAUAAAGUAAGUGACAUACAUGCCCGUAAGGUGGGAGGCCCUCCACGGAAUGCACACAGAGCUGAAGAUGACUGUAUGAUGCUGGUAGAAAUAGCUGUGAUGAUGGGAAGCGAGCUUGUCCAGUGGUUUGAUGACAAUCAUCUCCUGUUUAGCAAUGUAAAACCCAUGACACCGGGUGUGCGUCUAGGUGAAUAGGUUUAAUUCUUCUCUGACUAUACUGGGCAUGAGUGUUAGAAUUUUAUUAUAUUUAUAUUACAGUUAUAUAUACAGUGGUAGAUUUAGCAGUAGGUUGGAACCUAAACUAGCAGAUUUUUGCCAUGGCAAACUCGGGACCAAAAUGUUAUAAAGUUCAAACAAACAAUCCAACAUAUUGUAAUAUGUUUCAUCACUUAAAUUGAUAAUUUUUUCAUCAGGUUGCAAAAAUAAUAUAGAAAGUAAGACAUCAAUCCCCUAGUUUGCAGUCAUACAUACUAAUUAGGGGAAAAUUAAUAGAAGGUACAAUUACAUUCACAUUUUUUUUUAAUAUGAUUAUAAAUUUGUAUCGAAGAUGUUGGUAGAGGUGGCAAACAUUUAAAUAGGCUACAGCAAAUCUGCCACUGUUUAUAAUUCACACUAUAUGAUAUAUACAGUCUUACUUAUAAAACUUUCGCAUAUGCUUAGUUAAAACACAAAUUUACUCGAUCAGCUGUAAGU